AUGUACCACCCAUCCGAGCUUCCGGUGCUCAAGCACAUCAAGCCCUUCAAUCAUUCCUUUGGCAGUGAUUCAACCUCGACCUCAGCACGAUCACGACGCGUCAAGGUCGGCCCCAGCGCUACGGAAAGCUCCUCUCAAAUCCUUAGUUCACUUCCCCCAGAGGUUUUAACGAUAAUAUUCACGUUCGUUGUCGGCGGCUUCUGGGACGUUACUCGAAGAAGCUCUUCAAACUACACAUUCAUCCCUAUCCGCCAGCUUUUCCGCGGACCUCUCCGCAUGAUUUGCCGCAGAUGGCGUCGUCACUACUUGGAAUUCUCGCUUGGAUCGAAGUACCACAGGGGUGGGGCGUUCGUCGGGACGAACUUUACGGAGUUGGCCGUCAUGCACGAGUGGUCCCUUGACAUCGCUGUCGUGGGGUGUCUGCUGUUCGCUGGUGACCCCAACGACCUGUUAUUACCUUCCAUCGACGAUGUCCUCAAACCAAUUCGACUUGAUAAGCAGGACAGUGCGACUCUGGCCUCAGUGGAGGCGAUCGAAUGGACGGACCCCAGCCGACUGCCGCCUCGAAGAAUCAAGGGCAUUGAAAACGCCGUUCUCAGGGUCUCCGGGAUCCUGUUCGAGGAAGCCCGUAGCUACACCCAGAAAACACAGGAACUCCUUCUCCAGGAGCUUUUUUCUCUGUCUCUUUCGCUUUCGUCCAAGGUCCUCGCCUUCCUCCAAGCCUUCCCUCGCGUGAAGAGAGCGGAGAUUCCCUCCUGGGUGGUAGCUCUUGCAUGGGGCCUGAAGAUCAACACAGAAGACCAGCCCCGGUCGAAACUCGUCGAAGACUACAGUGUCCCCGUUAUCUCGCCGUCCGACCUCAGGGAUCAACUUGAAUCACUCCUCCACUCGCUCGACCAUGCCUCGAUUGUUGGGUAUCCCCUCGUGACAGGGUCCAUUUUCCAUCGGCCUUUCGGAAAGCCUAAGACUUGGAUGCUCCGAGACGUUGAGGUGAUGCUCAGUCGUUUUCUAGGAAGCCGGUUCUCAUCGACAAUGGAUGACGGGUUCAAGUCUACAUUCUCUUCCCUUGCUCGUCGAGCUGAAGUCAAGUUGCAAUCCUUCCAAGGACGACGCGGUGUCACGUUGCAUGGAUAUCCCUUAGCUACCCCGUUCUCGACGAUUGAUAUCGCCAAGAGGCUCCUGCCUUUGGAGGUUACCGGAUUGACUGAGAUCUACGUAGCAGAAGAGGCUGCUCCCAGCUCAACUCUUUCUUGCGCUCUUCUUGAAAUACCCACUUGCAUCGACGUCUCGAAGAACAGCUACGCCACGCCAUCACUGCCCCACGUUGAGCAUCGUUAUCUGGACGUUAGUGUUGGCUCCAUCUGUAAGGACCUACUCUGGGGUGUCUUUCGACCAGAAAAGAAGAACGGGACCUUCAUUGUCACCGUUCGCCGCAGUUACAAGCCCGACGACUGUCCUCAUUCGGCGUCCUUUGGUGAUACCGAUUCUGCAAGGGCAGUGUUGGAUAUCCUUCAGCAUUCUCGACCAUAUUUUGAGCCGGUAAGAGAUUGGGAUGUUCAGAUUCGUCUGGAACAGAAACAAGGUAUUGUUGCAGAUGUGCCACAACAUCUACCUCAGCUGGUUAUGCCCUACAACAUAACCCUGAACCUGACGACCUUGUUCUCAUUUCUCCCCUCACGACUCUUCGCGCGAUCCAAGCUCGUUCAGCAAAUCUGGAGAAGGUGGGACCAGGCGGUGGAAAUGGGUAUGGCUAGUGAAACGGCGUCGGUGGGCGACUUUCUUGGUGGGGACGACGAGUCCUGGCCGAGCACCCUCCUCGAAGUCGCGGCUGCAGCUGUGGCAUCGCCGACACCAGCACCCAAGCCAGCACCACCUAUCGCUUAUCCAGGGCCGUGGGCGUUCUUCAUUUCUGGUUACAUGCUGGGUAUCUUCCUCAUGGCUGUGAUUCUACACCGAAUACAGAACAUCAUCAUCCCGUCGCGCAUGCAGAACCGACGUGGACUUCGGAAUGGGGUUUCGAUAGGCUGGAACAGACGAUUCUCGAUCUUCAGCCGACUGACGUCCUCCAUCUUUCCUCUCGACUUGACCCAAACAUCGACACGCCUCGCGGUCCAUCUACCGACGUUGUACUACCUCUGCAAGAUGCUUACGAUCUGGUUUGUGCUCGUGCUACAAACAUCCGAGUUAUAUCCCGAGAAGGGCCGUUUAGGUUGGGCGGAUAGUCUUGGCGAGAUGGUCAGGAAGAUGGACAUGCAGGAUAUCUGUUGGAACACGUUUGUGGCCGUAUGCGUUGGGUUCUCGGUGGAGGGAUUUGUGAAGGCGUUGGAUGGGGUGGAAGCCGGGUUCCCGAUCGGUGGCAAUAUGAAUCCGAACACUUCGCCUUUCAACAUUGUUGGCUAUGCUUUCCUCUUACACCUCUAUUCCUCUCCCUUUGCGCAUUCACAGAAGAGUGGGGACUAUCCUUCUAGGCCAGAUAAACAUGCCAUAAUCACCGUCGCCAUUCCACUCCUUCAACUCACUUUGUUCCACGCGCUGUCGGUGUACAGGCCGUGGUCUUCGCAUCGACUAUUCCCAACGGCGCUCAGCUCGUUCCUAUCCCUUAUCCACUUCCAUGGAGCCCUUUGGUCGUAUAUCCGCAAGUCACAGCAGAGUAGCAAUCCUCCUUUCUCGUCAUCAGAAGACAACAACCCCAGAAUCCUUGCAACCUAUCCGAUCCUAAACUACAUCCCUAACCUAUUCGAAACGCUCUUACUCAUUACGAUAUUCCUUACGAUAGUUCUGAACGUGGUGGUUCAAAUGGUGGUGCGAGGACGUGUCGAGCGGGUGUUCAGCGGGCUUGGUGUGAGCCCGAUCCACAAUGACGACGACACACCAGGUGUCGCUCCUGGCACCGGAAGCGGCAUCCGCGCGUUCUUCCGAAACCUGCCAUACGAAGAGGACUUUGGUGUGCUACUCCUUCGAGUUGGGACGGCUAGUUUGGAAGCUACGGGCCUCCGAGGAUGGAGUAACGAGGUCGCGCCUAUCGCAUCGCCUGUUCGACGACGGAAGAGGAGACACCGGGGUCUCCACCCACCGACGCCAGGCCAGGUCGAGUAUGGAUCGGUGCGGGUGGGAAGGGUGGCAGCGGGAACUGUUCAGCCGGGUUACAAGACGGUGGUCAAACCGAGCACAUCGACGAGGAGGAAAUCCAAAUUACGACAACAGCGCCUCAAGGGCCUUCGAAACGAGGUUCGAAACGUCGAUUUGGGUUUGAGCAAUAUCACGCCGGAAGCGAGGAGGAGUGUGCGCAGCUUCUGGAGGUGGUUGAAGGAGUUUGGGAGGUACGCGGAGGCGGUGUGGGCGGCUGCGAAAGGGCUGGCGGCGUUGUCGUGGAGGUGGAUAUUGUAUCUUGCUAGGGGGAGGAGGGAUAGGGAGAAGGAUGAUGUUCUGAUUAGGAGGCGGCGGCGGGUCAGGGGUCUCAUGUCAGACAUGGAUGCUUCGAAUGCCUCGUAUGGGAGCGGCGAUGAAGACGACGAAACGACCAGUACGGAAGAUUCGGGAGAGCGGGAUAAAGUGGUGUAUGAGAGGUUUUUGAGAGGGGAAAGUAUUAGCGAUGAUGAAGAUGAUGAUGCGGAGUUCGUGUUGGAGGAUGAUGAGGAGGGGGAAGGGGAGGGGGAAGAGAGUCCAGCAGAGGGCGAUGCGACACCGACUGCAGAGGAAGAUCCUGAGAGGGAAGCAUUUGGACUAUUUAUGGAUCUGAUGAGAGGCGGAAUGGGCGCUGGAAGUUCGAGUUCUCGUGGAGGAGAGGUUGUGUUGGCGCAUAUGGUGAAUCAGAAUUCAUCGCCGCUGACUCGGAGAAGAUGGGAGGAGUCCCAGUUGGUAACGUCUUCAUGGGUUGAUGAAGACGAUGAUGACGAAGACGAUUCGAUGGAUGCCUAUGGUAGUGGAAGUGGAAGCGGGAGUGUGAAAGAUGAGGACUCGAGCAGGACGCUCUGCGUUGUGUGCACCACUGACAUCCGUGACAUCAUUUGCUGGCCUUGUCGGUGA